GUGGCAGAUUUUGGCCUCAGCAAGGUGUGCCAGGGGAAGGGGAAUGUCAACCAGCACCGCUUCUCCUCGGCCUGUGGCUCCAACUUCUACAUGGCCCCAGAGGUCUGGGAGGGCCACUACACUGCCAAGGCUGACAUCUUUGCCCUGGGGGUCAUCUUCUGGGCUAUGGUGGAGAGGAUCACCUUCCGAGAUGGGGACACUGAGAAGGAGCUGCUGGGAACCUACAUCUGCCAAGGCAAGGAGCUCAUUCCCCUGGGAGAGGCGUUGCUGGAGAACCCCAACCUGAAGCUGCAGAUCCCCCUGAGGAAGAAGAAGUCCCUGCCAGGGGACCUGUGUGAGCUGCUGCGGGCCAUGCUGGCCUUCCCCCCGGGGCAGAGGCUGGAUGCCCCCCAGCUGGAGGCCCGUGUGCCCCACCUCUCCUAUGGCAGGGAGUGCCCCAGGCCCUAG